CCCCAUUCUCCUUCAUCAUGAUUCCCACUAAUAUGCGGACUCUGUUCACCUUCGCAGCGGCAUUGGGAACGGCCCAUGCCGCUGGCCUGGGGGAUAUCUGCACCGAUGCCUAUAUCAAGGCCGCACUCCCCGCAGACGGCACCUUUGAAGGCAUUUCCAUGAUCCCCAGCUCCGUGGCAACCACCAGCCACACCAAUGUGUCCAUCAGCAGCUCCAACUUUUUCCCCGCGGCCACCAUCAGUUACUGCGGAGUCACCUUCAACUACACCCACGUCGGCCGAGAUGACCGCGUGGCCCUGACCUACUGGCUGCCGGCCCCGGCCGAUUUCCAGAACCGCUUUCUCACCACGGGAGGGGAGGCCUACGAGAUCAACGAGGGAUCCGGAACCUCCGGGUCUCUACCCGGCGGUGUCAUGUACGGCGCGGUCUCUGGACUGACCGACGGGGGCUUCAACGGACAGUCCUUCGACGACGUCUUCCUCCUUGCCAACGGCACCGUGGACUGGCAGAACACCUUCAUGUUCGGCUACCAGGGCAUCCACGAGAUGAUGGCCAUUGGUCGGGAACUGACCCGCAACGUGUAUAACACAGGGGACGACAAGGUCUACACCUACUACCAAUCCUGCUCCGAGGGGGGCCGCGAGGGCUGGUCGCAGGCCCAGCGCUACGGGUUCGACUACGACGGCAUCAUCGUGGGCGCACCGGCUUUCCGCUUCGCCCACCAGCAGAUCAACCACCUGGUGCCCAACGUGGUCGAACAAACCAUGAACUACUACCCUCCGCCGUGCGAGUUGGAGCUGAUCGUCAAUGCCACCAUCGCCGCCUGCGACUCGCUGGAUGGACGCGCCGAUGGAGUCAUUGCCCGCUCGGAUCUGUGUAAGCUGCACUUUGACUAUACCUCGCUGAUCGGAGCCCCCUAUUACUGCGCCGCCAGCUCGGGCGGCGGCGGUCUGGGUCUCGGGUUCAGCAAGCGUCAGUCGAUGGGCACGACCCCGGCGCAGAACGGCACCGUCACGGCGGAGGCGGUCCAGCUGGUAGAGACCCUCCUCGCCGGUCUGAAAGACAGCCAGGGCCGCCAGGCAUACCUGUACUUCCAGCCCGGUGCGGACUUUGACGAUGCAGAAACCACCUAUGACUCGACGACCGACUCCUGGGGUCUCAGCAUCGACGGCAACGGGGGCGAGUUCGUCGCCAAAUUCCUGAAUCUGCAGGAGGCGAGCUCCAUCACCUCCCUCGACAAUGUCACCUAUGAUACCAUCCGCGACUGGAUGCAGAUGGGCUGGACCAUGUACGAAGACACCCUGAUGACCCACAACCCCGACCUCAGCGUCCUGCAGCAGUCCGGCGGCAAGGUCCUGCACUUCCACGGCGAGCAAGACCCCAGUGUGCCCACCGCCUCCUCGGUGCAUUACUACGAGGCGGUCCGCAAGAUCAUGUUCCCCAACAAGUCGCUCCACGCCGGGGCCGCCGCCCUGGGCGAGUUUUAUCGCUUGUAUCUGGUCCCCGGCAUGGCGCACUGUGGGACGAACAGCGAACAGCCUAAUGGGCCCUUCCCCCAGACGAAUCUGGCCGUCAUGAUCGACUGGGUGGAGAACGGGGUGGUGCCGGUGACGCUGAACGCGACCGUCCUCCAGGGCGACAACGAGGGGGAGCACCAGGAGAUUUGUGCCUGGCCGCUGCGCCCGCUCUGGUCGAACAAUGGAACCACCAUGGAGUGUGUCUUUGAUCAGGCCUCGUAUGAUACCUGGAUCUACGACUUCGACGCGUAUAAGCUUCCUCUCUACUAAGCGUCUGAACCUGCCUUGCUCUCGGGGCGGCUGCAGAUAUGUGCCGUGACUUCAUAAGUAGCAUAAAUGGAGAAUCAUCUCUCUAGAAUAUGGAUAAAGAGUGUCAGAUGGCUCUACGAAAUUUGCUGCAAAAGAGGCCAGCUUUGUUUCAAACUCUGAAAGCAAAAAUCAAAUGCAG